CGCAGCUUAUAUUUGCCAUCACCACAGCCAAUCGCAACCCUUUCUUUUGGCUUCUUCUUUUUCUUUAUCUUUUAUCUUCAGACCAAGAAAAAAUGACCAAACCUCACAGACCACCGUCGGGCCGUACAAAUCUAUCUUCGUGUAUAGUAGCCACCAUCUUCUUAGUCUUUCUUGUCAUCAUAAUCCUCAUUGUCUUCUUCACCGUUUUCAAGCCUAAAGACCCCAAAAUUUCUGUCAACGCCGUUCAGCUCCCUUCCUUUUCCAUCUCCAACAACACCGUCAAUUUCACCUUCUCCCAGUACGUUUCCGUCAAGAACCCCAACAGAGCUUCAUUCUCUCACUACGACAGUACCCUCCAACUCCUCUACUCCGGCUCCCAAGUUGGCUUCAUGUUCAUUCCCGCUAGCAAGAUCGACGCCGGUCGGACCCAGUACAUGGCUGCAACCUUCUCCGUCCAGUCCUUUCCCAUGUCAUCCUCACCGGAUGCGGCGGUGAAUGUGAGUCCAACUUUCUCUGAAGGCGGCUUCAGUGGUGCUCCCGGUGUUAAUAGUGGGUUCAGAGUGGGACCGACGAUGGAGAUUGAGUCGAGGAUUCAGAUGGUGGGGCGUGUUCGGGUGCUGCACAUUUUCACGCAUCAUGUGGAGGCUAAGGCUGGGUGCAGAGUAGCCAUUGCUGUGACGGACGGAUCUGUGUUAGGCUUCCACUGCUAGCAAUUUUUUUUUUUUUGGCUGUUCCGCUUUAACUUCUUAAUUGUAACUGUAGUUCAGUAGUCGUGUUAGUUUCUUGUUUUCUUUUUUAAGCAUCAUGAAGGUAAAGCCAUAAAACUUCAGUGGGUAAAAGGAAAUAACAAAUAAAGUACAGAGCUUGACGAUGUCGUUUUAUGGCAUCGGAGAUUAGGAGGGAAA